ACGACGUGCUCAACUUCAGCGUCAGUUCACUGAAUUGUCAAUAAAACUUCAAUAGCUGCGUUGGACGAGUUUCUUACGACCAGCUGCAGUCAUUUAGGCUGCAAUGGCCACACCGGCUCGAGCCUCUAUAAAGCCAUUCACGCCAUUGCUUCGCGUUGACACUGAAUCACUUACUCCUCCAUCCCACAUCAAGUCAGGUCACGAUGGCUCUCCUAGCGGGACGAAUAGUGCUACCCCUACCCCUUCACCCUCAUUCUACAUCCCGCUUUCACCCCAUGUAGACAAAUAUUCUCCUUCAGCCCAAUUAGCCAGAAUGGCACUGUCGCAACGUGACUCCACGAAUCACGCCAAAGAGGAGUCGAGAAAGCUGGUAGGCCUACUUCUUGACCAGCUUUCUUCCAGAACACGUCCUCCCUCAAUCUUCCACGCGUUAAAUGUCCAUGCUACUCCACCGGCUGAGGCAGGUCUUGGACACAUAAUUGGAGCAGUACGCGAUGUAGUUAAACAGAAGUCGCACAAUCGUGGCGUUUCAGCCCCCGUUUCGCAAUCCAUGAAAGAAGAUGACGAUGAAGGGAGUGGCAGUGUCGCUUUCUCUUCUGAAACCACUUUUGACCUCAUGGUCCAAUUGAAAGACGUCUUACUAUUUUCUGCUUCGCAGGGCUGGCAGAUAUUUGACCAAGGAGCUUCUGGCCCGGGCGCAGACACCGGACAAUUCAACAAACCGUCACCAUUCAGUAUUCGCAGCUCUAUGAGAAGAAGUAGCUUUAGCGGAAGGCGCUCAAGAUCUCCUUCGCCUGCGUCGAAGGGAAACUUGCAAGCUGCUUCAAUCUUAUCCCGAUGCAUCUCCAUCCUUUCUUCAGUGAUCUCGGAAGACUGUCGCUUUCAAAUUUCUUCGCCAAGACCAUCGAAGCCACCAAACGCGCUGCAAUCAGUGUGCCUUGAUAUUGCCCAAUUUCUUGCACAUGUUCACCCGAACGAACCAUCAACAAUAUCCCGUAUCGCGUUUGCGGUUCUUCCUGCGUUCGAGACAUUUCGAAGUGAGAUGCGCCCGCGUUUGUUGACCUUUUUCGACAAUGUGAUACUCAGGGGAGUGUUCGAGGAUCUAAAUCGAAUCAGGGGAUACGUUUCUACAGAUAUUUCGGACGAAGUUGUUGUUAUUCAUGGUCAAGCAAACCCUGUCUCUAUUCAAGUUGAGAUGGCUCUUGAUGACGAAAAUAAUUCAUCUGGCCAGACCGCUUCGUGGCAGCCUUGGACAUCUCUUGCCUCUGCGAGUCACCCCCGUAUCCAGGCCACAAAUGCCCCUCUUCAGCCUUUGCCUGUCUAUUACUUGGCCUCCAUAACUGCUCCGCUGCUGGCCGCCAUUCUGGAAAAUAUCGAUACUAUUUCGUUGCCGCCCACGUAUAGUUUAUACCGGCUGCUUGAUACGAUAAUCAGCUCUAAACCAGGUUCAUAUUUGGAUGUGUUGGAAGUGAUAGCAUAUCACGUACCUCAGAGUCGCCGCGCUGCUUUAUGCUUGCUGGCGACUUUUUGGCCACGGGCUCUUGGGCAUGUCGUCAUCAGCAAGGCCCUGCCUGUCCUUGGUCAAGGGGAGCAACCUUGGACAGGGAGUAUGCCCAAUCCUCCAUUGCAAUCAAGCACUUUCUGUGCACACGAUUUUGUACCAUGGAGAUUCCGGCAGUCACAGGGGCCAUCGGCAUUUGACGAAGCAUGUUCAAACCUCUGUCAGUCAUGCGCUUCCUCCAUCACGGGGUUCGGGCUUCUCUGCUGUGGAUGUAUGUGCGCCGUGCACUUCGAUUGCUACGACUACCCGGAAGGCAAUGUCCAUCAUCAGUACGUCGUGGCAUCCGAUUCGGGAACACGGAAAUUGGCCGUUCACCGUUUUUGCCUUAUUCCCCCAUCUAAGCGUGACGCCGACCUCGUUACUGUGAAACGAGCUCAACAUAAUUUCAGACACGUCAAUCUCUUUACCUUGCCUAUUUGCUUUCAUUGUUCUCUGCCGAUAUGGGGUUGUCAGGCGCUCCACUGUACGACAUGCAAGCUUUUUAUGCAUCACAUGUGCCUCGAUAAACCGCUCGCAAUAUGUGGAAUUGUAGAUAUCAGUUCCAUUCACAUGACGGUAUCAUUGGAUAGCAUUAGUCGCACGUUUGCGGAUUACUAUGCGGAUAUUUUCCUCUCCUCCGAAGACCUGGGGAAGCGGAGUUUCGAGGAUAUUUCUGUGUCAUCUGCCAUGCUCUGGACGCAGCUGCAAAUUUAUAACAAUGGACUUGCCCUUGGUUCAUUUGUCCUAGCAUCAGACGGUCGUGAAGAUACAGCCAAGGGAUUCGAGCUGCAAUUUCUGGUUGAGCUUUACGAAGCUUACCUAUCCUCUGGAAAACUACCCGUUUCUGCGACUCUGGAAGAAUACUUAGAGACCAACCGACACAACCCGUCCUCUUCGGCGAUCAUGUUUGAUUGGUCAACUUUAGCUUACAUUUCCUCGACCAUCAAGUCAUCAUACGACGUCCAACAUCCACCAUCAGGUGCUUGGCCAGACUUGCGCGUGUCUGGCGAAAAUAUGACGACACAGGAUGACAAUGAUGCAGCACGUCAUCCGUUCGAGGUCGUUACUUUGGGGCAUCUCCGUAAUUCCUUGGGAUACGAAUUUAACAUGUUGUCUGAGGGCCCCGCACGCCACUGUCUUUCUCAUCUUCACAAGCUUGGUUUCUUCACAUGUGCGGAUUUCCCUACAUGCGUACCCGGGCCUGCAAAGUCAAGUCAACACUGUUACUUCCCACUGCCCCUUGGUUUUGACUUGUCCGCUGAUGUGGAGACGCUGGUGUCAGCUAUCGAGGCUUGCCUUUCGGAUUUGGACCUUUCGGUCAACGAAUGCGGCUUCUUGUUCUUGGUGAGGCGCUUCUGGCCCAGCGGGUUGGCAUCGGAUUAUGCUCUGCGCAGGUUAUCUCAUGCUGUACUGUCCUGGAUAUUUGCUGAGGAUGACAGUUUGGCAAAGAUUCUUCGUGAUUUCAUCCCACAAGGGAUUCAUCUCCCAGGUAUUAGGAGCGGAUCCGAUGCUCCUGUGUGGCCAACAGCCCAUGACGCGCGUCGCGCACCAAGCAGUUCCGUCAAUAAUGGUGGAGACUAUGUCGCAGCCAGGCGUUCUCUGCUUUCAAGAUAUGCUGCUCGAUGGCUUCUAGCACUACAUGAUCAAGAUGUUGUUGCGUAUGCCCGAUUAUUAUCUGAGAUUAUUCAGGAUAUUGCUUCGCGCCUCGAAAGCCCAGGCCCCAAUGCACACGAAUCAUCGUCCACUGCGGAAAGAUCACUACGCUUUAUCAUAAGACUGUGCAGAGCUUCAGUCGACUUCACAGCGCUUGAUGACCUAUUUCUCAUGUGGCUUCAAACACUCGAACCUGAGGUGCUCGAUACGGUGUCUCUUCCAAUUUUGCAACGUCUCCUCAAUCGAGAUUCAGCCGAGAAUGCAUCUCGCCACACCACGUUUGUGGACCAAAUUUUUGCACAAGUAGAUGGCCAUGUAGUGAAGCUAUCUGAUCCAUGGGGCAUGGUUCGGCGGGCUGCCAAGGAAAACGGACUUUUGGACAGCCUCCGCUGGCUGAGAUUAUUUGCUCGCUCGGGUGUCGACAUUAACGUACCAGUAUUUGCCGAGUACAGCGAAUUGUCGCGGAAAGGACUUGUGACCUUGAAGCAAGCCUCAGUUUUCGCUGAAGCGACCCUGCUCUCCGCGUGGACGAGGUCGAUGGGCCGACAAGAUCUACAGAGAUCGAUCUCAGCUAUGGUCGCCGGUCUACAGCCUGCUACCCUGAAUGCCCUCCGAUCCUCAGGUGACAAUGCUUCAUGCGCAUCGACGUUCAUCAGGCAAUCCCUUGCUGCUUGCUUGUUGCUUUACGGAUGUGAUCGCGCCAUACUGAUUUCAAACGGAAUGAUAACAGAAGAAGAUAUCAAGAAUCUUCCUUCAAGGAGAAAGCAGAACACCCGUGUCGCUAAUGCUACUGACCCCAUUAUCAUCGAUAGCGAACUGAUGCUCGUUCUCAGUACUCUCGUUGCCACUGGCGUGGAACAGGUCGUCUGUCUCAUUGCAAAAUUUCUACACUCUUUCAUUAUGCACGCUUCGCUUCUUGAGGCACAUGAGGUUGAUAACUUCUUGUUGCGCAAUGGAAGUACCUUACAUCCCUGUGUCUGGCACUUUUAUGGGAUUCAACACCACGAGAUCGCAAGCAUUAGGAUCACCUUAUUCCUCAGAAUAUUGAUUGUUGACCCACAAUCAUUUCAUGAGUUUGUGUCCUCGAUGAGCGGACCAACGGUAGCAUGGGACAUCAGACUUCUCGCCAUGGACAGAUUCUUUCGCAUGAUAUUAGACAUUACUAGUCCCGACUUCGUCGUCAAUGAUCGGCCCUGGAAAUACAGUGUCGUUGACCUCUUCUACCACGCAUUCGAGCCGCUCUGGAUCGAUGAGAAGGAAGAAGUCAGGACAGCAGUGGACACCUGGUUGCAGACAUUGCUUUCAGCCCAUUUGGACGCCAUCGCAUCAUGUUGGGACGAUGCCUUUCCCUCCCUGCCUAUGUCAAAACGUCUCCGGCUAAUCUCCUUUCUGCUUCAGCUCCAGUCAUAUUUCCCAACAUGGAGAGUGCUUUCGUGGAGCACAGUUAUCGAGACGCUGCUCGAAUACGACUAUUUCCAACACAACAGCAACGACGAAGAUGGCCCUGCCGCUGCUCACCUUGAAAUGUACGGGUUGAAGACUGAAAAUGAUGCUCACCCGCGGGAUUUAGACCCAAACAUCCACUCCAUUCAGACAUCGAUUGCGUUGCUUGGUCUGCGCAUGAUGAAAAACGGAGUCGAAAUUGAUCUGACGUCAUGUCUAAAGUUCAAGUUGUAUCUGGCCAAAAUAAUUGGCUUCAGUGGGGCGCAGAUGGUCUCUGCAUCCAACGGGCGGGCGUUCUCAAUCCACUUGGAUGGCUUCGGUGCCAUUCCACUACAGUCUUUGCCGUGUGUAAACGAAUUUGCACUCAUCCUGGAUGCCCCCCAUCCAUUCGACCUGCCGCCCUCCCUGAUGAACAGUCCGUUUGCCGAAGACGACAGACCUUGUCGCGUGCUUAUUGGGUCCAUUUGGAUGGAUGUUGUGCUGAGUGCUUUCUGCGCCAUAGACGAACCACUCAAGCUCCCAGCGCUUACCUUGAAGAGUUUGCUGGAAGCACUAAUGGCGAUGAUUUAUAAGCACGACUUCGAUAGCCCCGCGCUCAGACAUCUGGAUGUUCUGCUCCGCAGGGCGUUGAAGAAAACCUUAGACCUGUUGUUGGUUGACCUAAGUUAUGACUCGCGUCAAGUGGCAUUAUCUGUGAUAGAGACAUACAUCAAGAGGGGGUCUGCUAUAUCUGGUGUUCUAGUGACUGAAUCAGUUGAACGUGCUGUUGCACUGAUCGCAUUGUUGAAACAUAACACCGAAGAUAUGUUGGUCGCUCAAGCGAAAUCGUUUAUCGAGAACACGCUUGUCGCAUUGGCACCCAGUGGAGUGUUCUGUAGUUUGUGCAGACGCCCGCUCGGCUCGGAUUUUUUCAUCAUAAUAAAAUCCAUCGUAGAAGAUCAAUCCCGCAGGGCAUCUCCGCCGCAGGAAAACCUGCGAGAAGUUCUUCUGCAGAGUAUCGUGACGCAGCCCCCAGACGCGGAUUGGAAGAUCAAUCAUAAUAUUGCUUUGAACGUAAAGGAAUACACAGAGUUGGUCUAUUUUGAAGGGCUCAGCAAAUGGUUAAUCAAAGACCUUAUAAACUGGCUCACGGUGACGGCACGUCGAGCAUCAGCCUUGGGAAAUAACGCCGGAUUUGACCCAAAUCUGCUGCUGUAUAUUUCCGCAACUCUUUUGCAGUAUAACAAAGCACAUGCCGAGGCUCUCCUGGAGUGUACAGAAACGGUGCUGAGGGUCGCAUUAUCAAGGUCCAAUGUGGAGAAACAGAGUCUAAUUCGCGCAUCGCAUGCUGUCAGUUCGCUCAGCGACACAUUUUUGAGUUCAAAGCAGGACCUUGUAUCACCGAACGCCAACCACGUAGCACAAAUCUUGUUGGAAACACUGGAGGACGUCUUCCGAGCCAGAACACGAGUCACGCCUUCGACUUUGAAUGCCAUUGUCGAGACGAUUCUGUGCACUGAUAUCCGAAUUUACUCAAGCCCUGAUCGAACUGGCGCCGUUGGACUACGACAAGUGGCAAGCAGUGGGCUUUACUUUCUACACAAUCAUGCCUGGAUAAUUUCUGAGUCGAGUGCGGAGUUAUCUGCAUCGAUUGCUAUUUCGCGAUUGGUCCUUCAUGCUGUAGAUGUUGGGCACGCGUCGCUUUCAGACAUGAUUGCCGAAGGUUUCGAGAAAUCUACACAAGCUGGCACAGUUAUCCGUGCUUGGAAUAUUCUGCUGCUCGGCGUGCUUAGUGACUCUACUGACACGCACAUCCGGGUCUUGUUACCGCAGUUAAAUGUCUUUACGGUGGCAUAUUACAAGUGCUUGGGUGCAUAUGUGCAUGAAGGGACAAUGCCUUCCGAAUCCGCCAUGGCAGAUGUAGAGCACGCUUUCAUAGCUCUCAAGCUGUGGCUGUUGCUUGCACAGAUUGCGCUUGUCAAUCCUACGCGAGAGUCGCCUAGCGCCAAAGCCGUUUGGAACGAGUUAUGGCCUCCAUUUGAGGCGUUGGUAAAUCUCUUCAAAGUUGACAGUGUCCCGGAAGAUCUCUUGCCACUGGCAACGACAAUAUGGUCUUCCGUAGCAAACCUAUUUCUUUUUGUGCUCCAAUCACGCUCACCUGUAGGGUUGGACACCAUACCGCAUGCAGUAAUGCUGAACCGCUUGCGAGACUCUGGAAGACGAAACUCUGCACUUAACAAGCUGUCCCGGGCUUUAGAUGGAGAUCUCUUGCCAGAAUUGCUACCGAGUGCGGUCAUUACUCAAGCAAAGCAGGAUGUUGAAAAUGCAGAGAAGUUGCGAAUGUUGGAAAGCGUGCAGCGGCCAGUGGAACGCAGAAGGGACAUGCGGAUUCCUACGUAGCCUCAUAUAAUAUCAGUUUCGCAAUAGAUUCCAGGGUGCAGGAAAUUAAUGAAUCUGAGGAAUGGUCGACAAAAGGAGAGGCGGCGGAUAUGCAUAUCUCGGUGUCAAGCUGCCCUGAGUUUCGCUUUUUGUGCCUUCUUUCUAUUCUCCUUCAUGAUUGUGUAGCCAACGAAGAAACCGAUACCCGAAAGUCCAACCACGAGCACAAAUGCGGGCAGCCGUAUUGCCCAUUCGCGUGCAGGAAAAUAGUUGUGUAUGGGGCUGGAUGCGUCAAAGAAGGGCUGAAAAAAGGGCGAGUAACAUGUCAGCUACAUUGUUCGCCCAGCGUAAGCCUGGUGAACUAACGAGUAAGAUGGCCCAUGUCGUGU